UGAAUAGAUAACAUGAAUAAUGAGCUGAUAAUCAGUAAAAAAAGGAAAAAAUAGCAAAAGAAAAACUUCUUUCACAGUGUUUACUGACUUAGCAGCCUACCAGUCUUAUCUCCCUUCCUCAGCCCUGUUUUCUGAAUCAGCAGUAGUUAAAUUUUCCAGCAAUCCCUACAUGAAAGGGAGUGUAAAGGGUGACUGGGGAUUUCCGGUGAGUGACCUCGCCUUUGAGUGGGACAGUCAAUGCUUUUGCUCUGACAUUCUUUCUAUGAAGCAGUGCAGUGACAGCUGAAGUUGCUUUCCAGAAGUCAUCUCAACAGAGGUCUGGCAGUAUCCAAUACCUUAAUUUUCUUAAGACAAACCACCUUGAAUUCUCUAAUUUCCUGAAUUUUUCAAGUUGGUGACAAUGGCAACUAAUUUUGGAGUUACCUCAGCAGUGUUUUUCAUCUGGGCGAUGACAUUCAUGGCUCAAAAUUACUUUGUAACAGGUUCCACUCAUCCACCUUGUAGGAUCACAGGUGUAGGACUCUAUCUCGAGAAGAAAGUGAAUUUCUCAGAAGCAAGUAAUGCAUGUAAUCAACUGAAUCUACAAUUGGCAAGUAAAGACCAAGUUGAAAAUGCUUUGAAACAUGAGUUUCAAACAUGCAGCUUUGGAUGGGUGAAAGAUGGAUUUGUUGUUAUUCCUCGGACAACACCCAACAACAAAUGUGGUAAGGGCAAAACUGGACUAGUGCGAUGGAAUGCUGACCUCCUUCAAACAUUUCAUGUUUACUGCUUCAAUUCCUCAGAUGUCCAGAUUAAUUCAUGUAAACCAGACCCAACCACAACAACAUUUCUUUCAUCAAGUGCAUCAACGGACUCGACUGCACAUUCAGCCUCUGAUUUCACUGAGAACAUCACAGCAGUGCCCACUGUGACUGAGCCAGAGCAAUUCCUGAAAAACAGAAGGUUUCGUGUCAUAUGUGUAACUGAAACGUUACCAACAGAGGGGACCACCACAGCACUGCCAGAGGAAUCCUCUGGGACUGCCUCUCCCAGCCACACUGCCCGUUCUGCCUUUAAGAACGACUCUGUCAUCUUUGGAGGUAUCCCCACUGCACUUCUUGUCCUGGCAAUCAUCUUCUUCAUUAUUUCAGUUGUUCUAGCAGUCUGUUAUAUCAAAAAGUACAAGAAAACCUUCCCAUUUUUAAACAAGACUCAGGAAAAAGAAAUGGUUGGAACUGUUGCUCUCAAAGAGGCAAAGUUAAAUGACAAAACACCUGAGAAGGAAGCACAGACUAAUGGAAAUAAGGUAGAAGAAUCUAAAUCUAAGCCUGAGGCCACAGUAAAAUGUCUAGAAGCAGAAGUUUAAAGCAAAGAAUGUACAAUUCUUGAUGGAAACAUAAAAUUAAGCACACAGAACUUUGCAAUGCUUUUAAACUUGGCUGAUUGUGAAUACUCAUGAGUAUUUUCUCUAUCUUAACAUAUGAAACCUUGUUUUUUAAUAAUUACAUCUGUGUCUACAAAUAUUCUUGUGGGAGAACAUGGUAUCUUAUUUACUUGAAAUACAUAAAAAAUCCAUAUUACAGCUCAUUUUUCAUCUAUAAUAAAAAAGUAAUUAGGAAUAUGCUAUUAAUGACAUGCACUGUGUUAACUAUUUGCAUUGAAUUCAGAUCAAUAUAUCAUUAAAAGGUUUUUAUAUCCA